UUCUGUGAUUGAACAGGGGGCGUGUUUUCACUGCUAUAAACAAGGCGAUAAUUGGACGAGCACAGCCAUGUAUGGCAAGCCAAAUGGCAUAAACUUCCGAAGGCGUUACUUAAAGGAAACUAAAUUUAUUGGACCACCUUGACCACAUUUUGGAAAUGGCUGUUCUUUCCUAGAAAGCAAAUUAACCGCGCAGCCUAUCAUGCAAAGACGUGCUUAUGCACAUUGAAAGCUGAAUUUAAGUUUAACAUGUAGUUGAAAAUGAAUUAUUUGAAGGAAGAAAACCAGAGAGCAAGAGAGGGAGAGAGACUAAGCAAUAUAUGAAGUCGACAUAUUAACCAUGGCAAAGAGAUAAAAGAGAUAAUGUGAGGGAAACUGAAUAAGAUUUUUUGAUGGACAAUGUUACCUGUUCAACUUGUAAAUAUAAUUAACUAAAUCCUCACAGUUAACUAAAUCCUCUCAAUGGUCUAUUGUGUGUGUGCAUGCGUGCGUGUGUGUGUGUGUGCUUGUGUAUGUGUGUUUAUGUAAUGCUUUGGCAAUAUUUACUGUAUGUAUUUCAUGCCAAUAAAGCAAAUUGAAUUGAAUUGAGAGAGAGAGGGUGAGUGAGUGAGAGAGAGGGAGGGAGAGUGAGUGAGAGGGAGAUAGAGAGAAAUAUGUGACAGCCUACCUUGAGCUAAGAAGACAAGAAAAAAACAUGUAUUAUAAUUCCAAUCUGAUCAAUUCCAGAAAGCUAACUAUUUUUUUAAAUGAUAUUUUUCACUCCACUUUUAUUAAUGUUAUCCAAUUAUAUAGUAUGUCAUCAAUGUAAUAGCCUGCAUGCGUGGGUGUGCGCGCAUGCUUCUGUGCAUGUGUGUGUGCGGGCGUGCGUGCAUGUGUGUGUGCUUGCGUAUAUGUGUGUGUGUGCGUCUGUGCAUGUGUGUGUGCAGGUGCGUGUGUGUGUGUGUGUGUGUGUGCAUGUGUGUGUGCAUGCGUGUGGGUGCGUGCAUGUGUGUGUGUGUCUACACUGCUGCCAACAGGACAGCCCCCAUCUACUUGCAGGACAUGAUUUGAUUCUAUGUGCCUGCUCGACCACUCCGCUCUGCGGCAGCAGGGCGACUUGUAACCCCUCCCACCCGCCCAAAGGGAUCACAGAGCCUCUCCACCCUAGCUCCCCAGUGGUGGAACGAACUCCCCGUCCCUCUUCGAACCUCCCCCUCACUACCCAUCUUCCGCCGUGGCCUGAAGACUCAUCUCUUCAGACUAUACCUAGACUAACCACCACCACGCUGUAUAUAUCACUCUAAAUCUACCCCCCCUCCUUUUUCAUGACACUUGUUACAUGUUGCCCCAUCCCAGCACUUGUUGUAAUUUGUAUUUGUCCUAAUACUGUAGCUUAUUCUUCUGCCUAGUUGGCUUUGCAGAGGUUAGGUCUGAAUAGUGUUCACUGUGUGAACUAAACUGUGUUCUUGGCUAGAAAUAGCUGUACAAAAUAAGUAUUGUACUUUACUGAACCUGUGUUUAGCAGUUGUCUAUGACCAUGAAAUGCACUUUUUGUACGUCGCUUUGGAUAAAAGCGUCUGCCAAAUAAAUGUAAUGUAAUGUGUGUGUGUGCGUGUGCAUGUGUGUGUGUGAAAGGGAGAAGUUCUUGUUUCUCAUGUCUUCACUGCAACCGCACAUCUGUCACUUAAACCAACAUGUGCCUGUGUCUGGUAUCAGAGCUUCCGAAAAGAGAGAUAGAGACAGACAGAGAGAGAGAGAGAGAGGGAGAGAGAGAGACAGACACAGAGAGAGGGAGAGACAGAGACAGACAGAGAGAGAGAGAGAGGGAGAGACAGACACAGACACACAGAGAAAAAGCUGCCUGGUUCCAGCUCAGAGGACGAGACUGAAGAUGGACACCAAUCAAACGUACAUAAACACAGAGGACACACCCCACCUGCAGGGUGCUGGGGUAUCUGAGGACACACCCCAUCUGACGGAUGUUGUUGCAGGGGGAACACGUUUCGGGGUGCAAGGUGCUGGUCCUGGGGGAGGCUCUGCAGAUCUUCCACCUCUAGCUGCAGGCGCACACUCCGCGUCCCUCCCAGCCCCCCCCCCUCCAGUCCCGCGGACUACAGGUCAAGGCUGGAGACGUUCGGAGAGAUGUCGCAGGAGAACCCAUAUGAGACAUUGGGACUGGUGCACUCUGAAGAUUACAUUCCCAUGUGCAGGUCCCCGUCCUGGCCACACCCACCAGUGCCUCCACGCUCCACUGUGAGAGGUUCUCUGUGCAGGAGGAAGCUGCUGGUCUCUCUGGGGAUUCUCACUCUGCUCUCUGUGUCCUUCUUACUGGCCCUGUACUUACUGCAGCGAUCGACGCUGCAGGAGGCUCCCCACGGCACGGCCCAGGAACUCUCCACACUGCAGAAUGAUAUGAAGGAACUAAAGGAGACAUCUGCUCGACUGAUCUCAGAACUGCAGAUGGAAGUGGAGGAUCUGGACCAUUUCUAUGCCAGUGUGCUGAUGUGUGCCCCAAACUACAGCAGCCCGUUCAUCUUGGACAAAAUAAUGAAUAUGUCAAGAAAGAACGGAAUAAUCAUUAAACCAGCAUGGAGGUGGCUUCGAGAAGCUGCAGUGGAUGUGACUCUGGACCCUGAAACAGCACAUCCCAGUCUCGUCCUGUCCUCAGACAGGAAGCAGGUGAGACUGGGGCCCAGGCGACAGGACCUGUCAAGCUCCGUGCACAGGUUCAGCUACGUGGUCUGCGUCCUGGCCAAGGAGGGCUUCUCCUCCGGGCGCCGUUACUGGGAGGUGAGGGUGCACAACAAGACGGGCUGGACUGUGGGCGUGGCCUCCAGCAGGGCCAACCGCCAGGGGUCAAUCCUGUUCCGCCCUCGAACAGGUUACUGGGUGAUGACGAUGAAGAAUGAGGUGAUCAGUGCGAUGCGUGAACCCCCCUCCGCCCUCCCCCUCAGAGAGAGGCCCGGGACAGUGGGGGUGUACGUGGAUUACGAGGGGGGGCAGGUCUCCUUUUAUGACGCGGAGGCCGGGACUCACAUCUACUCCUUCACUGGUUGCACCUUCACUGAGAAACUCUACCCAUUGUUCCGGCCUGGUCUUUCUGAAGCUGGCAAAAACUCCGCCCCACUGAUCAUCUCUCCUGUCAAUCACUUUCACUGAAUUAGGACACACCUCAAUUACAGGAAGCCAUAGUAGUUAUGUUUGGAGGAAUAUUUACCGAUAUACUGUCAUGUUGUUCAAAAUUAUUUUGUUUUUUUUAACCGCAGAUGUAUAGAUACACUUUUUAGGGGUCUUAAAUUUUGAGGUUUGAAACAAUCUACUCUGGUUUGUGUGUGGUAUCUUUUUUAAUGUUCAAAAAAACCAUUGUAUUAAAAUUAGCAUUUGACUUCCCUUUUGAAUGCAUUAAUGUUUUUCUCUGAAUAUUUCUCUCCUUGGGCUCAAAACCACUACCCCCAGCUCACCCUGCAACAGUUUUUAAACUUUAUUUCUGUACCACUGGAAAUCAUGUUCAAUAUGUACUUUUCCAAAAAAAAGUAUUUUAUCCUGCCAAUUCAAAUGUGUCUUCAGCUGUUUGUCAUGUAAUGUGAAAACUUCAAUGCCUAUUUUAUCUUACCGCUCUCAUUUCUUUUCAUCAAAACAUAUAUAUCAAAAAUGACUUAAUUUGCAAUAUGAAAAUGAUUACAUAAUGUUUAAAUAUAUUUAAUGUACAAUAAUACUAACAUUUCUAUUUACACUCAUAAUAAAAACAAAGGAUUGCUUUUUUUGU